UGUCUACUCACGCGCCUUUUUGCAUCAGAUUCCACGCCUUUCGACCCCGAUCCCAUCGAACCCUUCACAUUUAGUUUCCGUCGCUCGGAAUCUUUCCGUCCGCAAUGGCUUCCGCCUCCUCUGGCGCCGCCGACGCGGCCUCCACCGACCCCUCGCGUACGGCCACCCCGGUGACGAACCCCGCUGAGAAGAUGCCCGAUGACAGCUCCAAGCUGAAGACCUUCCUGGGCAUCCUAAGAAAGUUCAUGGGUGUCUCGGACAUUGCCACAGUCCGGUUUUCCCUGCCAUCGCAGUUGUUGGAACCGAUACCGAACUUGGAAUACUGGAACUACUUGGAUAGACCGGAGACUUUCAUCAGUAUCGGAGAUUCCGAGGACCCGUUGGGGCGCAUGCUGGCGACGUUGAGGUUCUGGUUCACGAAGGAUCUGAAAUACGUCAAGGGCAAGCCCUGCAAGCCAUACAACUCGGCGCUGGGCGAGUUCUUCAGGUGCAACUGGGAGGUCGAAGAUACCCUGCCAACCAUCAAACACAAGUCGGAUAGUCAACCGAGCAGCAGCGCGGCGAGCACCACGGGCAGGACAGUCAAGGUAUCCUACCUGACUGAACAGACGUCCCAUCACCCUCCUGUCUCGGCAUUCUGGGUGGACUGCCCUGAGAAGGGUAUCACUGCGCGAGGCUUUGACCAACUCUCCGCAAAGUUCACCGGCACGAGCAUACGGGUCACUCCCGGUGCGCAUAACUUGGGUAUCUUCAUCACGCUGAACAAGUGGGACGAUGAGCAGUAUCAGCUCACGCACCCUGCUGCCCAUCUGGGCGGACUUCUGAGAGGUUCUCUUAGCGUUAGCGUUGCCGAUGUUUGCUACGUUACCUGCGCGAAGACGAAGAUAAAGGUGAUUUUGCACUAUCUCGAGGAAGGCUGGCUCGGAAAGACACAGAACAGGGUUCAGGGUGUCGUCUUCACCUACGACCCAGAGAAGGACGACAAGACGCGCAUAAGGGACGUCCCGGAUAAGGAUGUCCUGGCACGUAUUGAGGGUUGCUGGCACGGAGAGAUUUUCUAUACGUUGGGCCCGCAGCCCUUCAACAAGGCUACCGAGAAGAUCCUCUUGUUAGACGUCAGCCCGCUGUUCCCCACACAGAAGAUUAUUCCGCCCGAAGAAGCGCAGCUGCCCAAUGAGUCGCGGCGCUUCUGGUCAGGGGUGACGGACGCGAUCACGACGAAGCAAUACUCGUUGGCAACGACGCUGAAGCAGGACCUGGAGGAGCGGCAGCGCGAGAAGGCGGCCGAGCGCAAGAACAAGAACAUUGAGUGGCAGCCGCGCUUCUUCGCGGGCGUGACGACACCUACGGGCAAGCCGGACCUGACGGAGGAGGGCCGCCGUGCGCUCGACGGCCUGCACAAGAACGACUUCAAGCUUGAGGAGAGCAAUGAGGAGGUGACGUGCGCGUGAGCGGCAAAGUGCGCAUGAUCAUGCGCGUGCGCGCGCUUGACAGCAUCUUGCAGAACCAUCAUCUUCUUUUCUCUUCUUGCUCAUUCUUGUCUUGUACGUCAGGUCAGCAUAUAACUUGAGGAGUAGCGGCGAAACGAGCGAGGGAACGAAUCGGAGAUGGAGGAGUGAGAGAGAGUGAAAGCGAGAACGAGACAACAGCAGACAGCAGCAGCAGCAGCAGCAUCAAAGGAAACGAGCGGCAGCGGAGUAGAUGAAGCGAGCCUCGCGGUUCUAGAUCCCGAUCGAUAAUGGCUUCCAGACUUUCCUUUCCUGGGUUCUUCUUCUUCUUUAUCUACUUCUUGUUUCACACGGGCUGGGGGGACUCGGUUGAUUGAUUGAUUGAUUGAUUGGCAUACAGCGCGGCGGAGGGGGCGGAAUACUGGGAGGGAGGGAAUU